GUUACAGUAUAUAUAGCAUCAAGUCAUGCUAUUACGAAAGAAACCACCUAGGCCCUACAAGGAAAGAAGAUAACACGUUCGAAACUUUGCGGGGAAAUACUCCUCUAAAGGUUCGUCGAUAGUAAAGAAGUGGAGAUACCAUUUUGUGGUUCAUACCGGGAAUUAUACUUGGGUUGAUUUGGUGCUAUCUACGGUAGAUAUGAAGCGGGCUGCAGGCGCUUUGGUCGCUGCCGUGUUUUGCAGUUUAUUGACGGGUUGCUUCUGCCAAGAUCCGACAGAUAUAUACCAUGGGUGUUAUUUUGACGGCGUAGACAGGGCUCUGCAGGAUCUCAUUACGUGCGCAGAUGGUAUGGGGGUCUGCCAAGAAUCGUGCGGCGACGAGCAAACUUACUGCGAGGGUGAAACGGGCAUGACCGUGGACUUCUGUCGAACACUUUGCCGCAACAGAAAUCUCCAAUACUACGCAUUGCAGGCUGGUUCGCAGUGCUUCUGUGGGGGCGCCCUAGCGGACCCCUUCCAGUAUACAGAGUAUACGGCAGACCAGGUGAAUUGCUCGUAUCCCUGCUCUGGAGAUGCCAGCCAAACAUGCGGAGGAGACUUCAAAAUGCAGGUGUACGAGUUUAAUGUACCUGUUCCGGAGGCGGAUUGUUUCCAUCCUGGGUUUGUUCCUAACUCAUACGUAUCUGACAACCUAUCGCCAACAGUUGGCGAGAAAGUGAAAUAUCUGUGUGAACCUGGUCACAUGAUCCUAGGGGAGCCACAGCUGACAUGUCAGACACUGAGGGUGUGGUCACCGGAUAGUCUUCCCACUUGUAAUUACACGGGAAUAUUUCCAGAAUCAACAACCCGCGGGCCUCCAUCAGAGCAGCCAGAAACAACCACCCCAGCUAGCACUACUUUAAAUGAAGUCUCACCAACAACAUUGCCACUUGUGACAAUUACAGAUUUCCUACCGUAUAUUAUUGGCGGUUCGGCAACCUUGUUAUUCAUCCUAGUGAUUUGUAUGGUUGCAAUAUUCACAUGUAACAGCCGAAAACGCUCUGGAAAUGCAAGACAGAAUAUUCGUCUCAAACCAGAGUCCAAUCCCGUAACAUUCAUCAAUGCAGGCUUCCAUGUGGAAGAUGAGGAGGCAGUUAACAAACCCGGAAUGCCGGACAUCCUUCGGGCGUCUGGUAACCUGCCUCUAAGUCCAGAUCAUUCCUUCAUUGCAAACCAAUAUCCUCAGAAUAGUCGGGUAUCCACGUUCGCUGAGGAAGGGGUGUACCAGAACGGGGUGGUGAUAGACUCUAGCGAUGCACCCCAAUUGCAUUACGCCAAUCUGGACGACGAGGAGUCACCUAGAGACAGCCCACAGAGUCCAAUCUAUUCUAACAUGGAGGAAGCUGCAGCAAUGCCGAACAGCGAGCCGGAAGCAUACGUCAAGCAAGACUACGGGAAUGGUUACGCCACUACGGACCGUCCGAACAGCAAACGUGUCUCUUCGUCUUCCACUGAUCCGGCCUCCGUGUACGCUACAGGGAACCGAAGAGCAAAGAAAAACGGCACCGGAACGAAGGAUCUCACCGGAUGGAGCCGGCCCAGCAGCUUGUACCAGCGCACCGUGCUGAAUGAGUCGUCGGACGAAGACAACACUGCGUUCGAUCCGGAACAACUGACCAACGCCCUCUACGCCCAGGUCGACAAGAGCAGACAAUCCAGUCGCGAGACUUUAAACACAACGUCUGAGGAUGGGAACUCCUUCUUUGGUGAUCCUUCUAAGACGUCGGCAACCAGACUGUGAGUGCAGAGACUCAGUGUGAGUGCUGAGACUCAGUGAGAUCUCGCGAUACUUUGAACACUAAUGAAGGGAAACGCUGCUGAAAACAAACAUAAUAUUAUCAGCAGACAGACCAAUAAGGUGCUGAGUGAGAUUGAACAAACGCACGAACCCUGACUAUAACACCUGCAUCACCAAUGAAAAAACCCCAAACCUUUGGUGAUCUUCCAGACACGGUGUGAGAUACCAAAUCAAGGCGGAGAGGAAAACAAAGGCUGGUUCCAACUUCCUACUAAGUAUUGCCUAUUAUUAUCAUUAAUUGUACAUCUUUAAAGCAAUGCAUCCGUCACAAUUACUCCGGGCGUCAUUGAAAGUCCAUUAAGAAAGUCCAAACUGUAUUUUAAUAACUGUUAUUUUUUAUAUACAACGCUCACCGAAUAUCAGAGUUAGUUUUUUGUAGAGUAAUGCUUUCUACUUUUGGAAUUAAUUAGAGCAACUGUUUUUCUAAACAGAAAAUGUAUUAAAGUGUACAAAUUAGAGAAAAUAUUAUAUAGACCAAUAUCAGUUAUAGCAUUAACAGCACUUGGUUUCGGUAAGUUUUUUUUUAUAUAAAUAAAUUUUGAAACGUGGCUUGGAAAAAGAGUGUGAGAAUAAGUUUGUGUGUUGUCUACUUCCCGUCAAAAUAUUCAAUCAUGAAAAAUACGUGCUCAUCUAAACCUUGAACGUUUUACGCGAACCUAAACAAGAGUGUUUUUUUACGAACACUUUCGCGUGAUGGUGCGUUUUGGCGGCUGUAACCAAUUACUGUUUCGGUCACUGAUGAGUGUCCAAAGUCAACAUAAACAGUUAUUGGUUACGACCGCCAAAACUUACCCCAAGUUUGUCGUAAAUCGUCACGUCUCAAGUAUAAUACUUUAUAUACCUUUGUCAUGGGUCGGCCAUCUUUUUUUAUUUGUCUCAAAAUCCAAACCGUUAUAACUAAACCGAGGCUAUAGGAAACAAAUUAGUCUGGUUCCUUUCUUAAGCAGUUGGUGCUAGCAUUCGUUACUGCUAGGGGACAUAACCAAGAUAAAGGCAACACGAUAAAGAUCUAUUGAAAACGCUAUACAAAGUUCAUAUUUCUUAAUUAAUUAAUAUUUUUAUCUAUCUGUUUGUUGUUAAAUAAUUUUAAGCGUUUUUGUCUGUACUGUUUGAAUCAUGUCUGUACUUGCUGCAAUAUAUCAUGUCAAUCUUGUGAAUCUGACAGGGGCGGGGCAUCAAAAUGGCUUCCCCGUAAAAAACAUACUUGUGUUCCCCUUCCCCGAUGAACAUAUCUAGGGAGUAAUUGCGCCACUGUUUCGUAAAAUGAAAAGAGGGAGAAUUGUUCUUGUAGAACAAUUCUUGUGGUUGAUUAAUUGUUUAGUAAUUUCAUCGUCCCUCUCUACCUCUCAUCACGUUCUUCCACAUUUGUGAUUUUUAAUUUUACAAAUUAUUUUUGUCUUCAGGUUUCCUUCAAAGCCAUAACCGUCAUGAGAUGGAAUAAAAAACAUUGCAAUCAAAACUACAAUUGUAACUAUUAUUGUUUACUCCUUGAAUAAUCUUUAUACAGUAUAUAUAUGUAUCCAAUGAUAAAUCAUUAUGGAAACAAA